AUGCAAAAUGUUAGCACUGAUCCAUUGAGAAAUAACUCGCCUCGUAUUGCUGGAACUGUUUACGAUGGUCAUGGUUCGGUGUCGCCACCGGUUUGGCACGGAAGUGCGGUGAACUAUUGCCGGUUGACGAAGACUUAUGUCUUCCGCAAUCAAUAUGACAACGACGUCACCACGUGGAGUCCUCAAGGGAGGCUCCAUCAGGUUGAAUAUGCCAUGGAAGCAGUGAAACAAGGCUCAGCGACGGUUGGAUUGAAGAGCAAAACACAUGCAGUUCUGGUUGCCUUAAAACGAGCGGCUUCGGAUCUUGCUGCACAUCAGAAGAAAGUGAUGCCAAUCGAUGAUCACAUCGGGAUUUCGAUUGCGGGGUUGACCGCUGACGCCAGGAUAUUGAGCCGUUAUAUGCGAACGGAGUGUUUGCAAAAUCGCUACGUCUUCGACUGUCCGCUGCCGUUGAGUCGAUUAAUCGCGCGAUUGGGGAACAAGAUGCAGAUUUCAACUCAGCGAUACGAUAAACGUCCAUUCGGAGUAGGACUUCUCGUUGCCGGAUUCGACGAACAAGGUCCUCAUUUGUUCCAGACUUGUCCUUCUGCUAGUUAUUUCGAUUGCAAAGCAAUGGCAAUCGGUGCGAGGUCGCAAUCGGCACGCACGUACUUGGAGAAGUUCUUGGAUUCCUUUCCUGGCUGUACGUUGGAAGAGCUGAUUAAGCAUGGUUUGCGAGCUUUGCGGGAUACAUUGCCGAAUGAUGUUGAACUUACAGCUAAGAAUUGCUCCAUCGCGGUUGUAGGGAAGGACUUGGACUUCACCAUUUACGAGGACGACGAAGUUGUUCCUUAUUUGAGAUCAAUUGAGGGCGAAGAACGGCGUCCCGUUCCAGCUGCUGCUCCGGAAGAGCCUAGGGAUGAUGGACAAGAUCAACCUCCUCGCGAUCCCGAACCCGAUGUUGCAAUGGAAACCUAGGUAGCAUCUCGCACGAACCAAAUUCCCGGCCUAUCAUUUCCCUGUAUUUUUUCGGUUUUGAAGCUCCGUGUCGAGCCCUUUUUUCUGUCUGCGAGGUUAUAAAAACUUUGGCCUUAUAAAGGACAUCUCUUAUAAAGGGAGGUCGAAGAAGCCGUGCGCAACUGUGUCCAUUUACUCUCUAUGGUGGGUUAAAUAUUUCCUAGCUUCUCUUUACACAGGACGUUGUUUUUUAAUUAUGGAAAGUUCCGAAUAUGAAUAUAUUUUGGGCACAUGCGAUAUGCACCCCUUUAAAAGUAAAACUUUUGAGCAAUAUUGGGCAGAACUCCGGUAAUUUUCUUUGCUUCAGGAAAAUAUGAUGUCCUAAAUCAGUUGCCUGUUCGCCACCUCCAAGUGAUACAUUAAGCAGUGAAGACGAGAUAAUUCCACGAAAUUUUUGGUAGAGCAGCUGCUUCGCAUGAGUGAAUAGCCUCGAAUCCACGGGCGUACACACCGUAGAGGAGCCCUCAUUUUUCUUGAAUACCACACUUGGGCAUGGCGUGCUUCAAUUUCGAAUUGCUUUUGUUGAAUCAUUUGUCAAAAUUUUCUGCUGUAACUUGACUGCUAAAUUAUCAUUUCUCAUCCUUGAAAUGUUGAGCAGUUUCAAUAUUAUGUAAGUCCGUAGUGUCGGUGAACUCUCUGAAACGAAUUGCAAGGACCGUAAAAAUUAUUCGUUGGGGAGAACCCUUAAGGGAACAUUUUACUGGAAUCAUUCUGUACCCACAAUUGCUGGGAUAAAUGGGUUUUUUUUUGCAGACCAUUGAAACUCUCGAUAGAGAAUGAAAUACGAGUAAUACCAGCCAAU